UGCGCCCCCGGGAAGGCCGUACAGAUGCAGGCCGAGCGAGUCGAUGAGGCCGAGCGAAAGGUAGGACUACGCUGAAGUGCUCGGCGGCUCGGGGGGCGGCUCGCCAUCUUCUCCAGCCUCUCGGCCUUCAUGCAGGAUGCUGUGUUCUGUGCUCUUUUGUGAAUGUCUGUGGCUGAUAACUGCUUAUGCUCAUGAUGAUGACUGGAUUGACCCCACAGACAUGCUUAACUAUGAUGCUGCUUCAGGAACAAUGAGAAAAUCUCAGGUGAAGUAUGGUAUAUCAGAGAAAGAAGAGGUCAGUCCUGACUUAUCACAUGCUGAUGAAUUGUCAGAAUGUUACAGCAGACUUGAUUCUUUAACUUAUAAGAUCGAUGAGUGUGAAAAGCAGAUGAGAAAAGACUGUGAAAGUCAAAGCAAUCCUGUUUUUAGGAGAUACUUAAAUAAGAUUUUAAUUGAAACCAGAAAGCUUGGCCUUCCUGAUGAAAACAAAGGUGAUAUGCAUUAUGAUGCCGAGAUUAUCCUUAAGAGACAAACCUUGUUAGAAAUACAAAAGUUUCUCAGUGGAGAGGAUUGGAAGCCAGGAGCCUUGGAUGAUGCACUAAGUGAUAUUUUAAUUAAUUUUAAGUUUCAUAAUUUUGAAACAUGGAAGUGGCGAUUUGAAGAUUCCUUUGGAGUGGAUCCAUAUAAUGUAUUCAUGAUGCUUCUGUGUCUGCUCUGCAUCGUGGUGUUAGUAGCUACUGAGCUGUGGACAUAUGUUCGUUGGUACACCCAGUUGAGACGUGUUUUAUUCAUCAGUUUUCUCAUCAGUUUGGGAUGGAAUUGGAUGUAUUUAUAUAAGCUAGCCUUUGCCCAGCAUCAGGCUGAAGUUGCCAAGAUGGAGCCAUUAAACAAUGUCUGUGCUGAGAACAUGGAUUGGACUGGAAGUCUCUUGGAAUGGCUUAGAAGUUCAUGGACCUAUAAGGAUGACUCAUGCCAAAAAUACUAUGAGCUCUUAUUAGUCAACCCUAUUUGGUUGGUCCCACCAACAAAGGCACUAGCAGUUACAUUCACCAACUUUGUCACGGAGCCAUUGAAGCAUAUUGGAAAAGGAACUGGUGAAUUUAUUAAAGCACUCAUGAAGGAGAUCCCAGUGUUACUACAGAUUCCAGUGCUGAUAAUUAUGGCAUUAGCUGUCCUGAGUUUCUGCUAUGGUGCUGGAAAAUCAGUUGAUAUGCUGAGACAUGUGGGUGGCCCUGAAAGAGAACCACCCCAGGCACUUCAGCCAGGUGAAAGAAGAUGGCAGCAGGAAAUUGAUUAUAGACCCCAUGGUGGAGCAGGUGAUGCAGAUUUCUAUUACAGGGGCCAAAUUGGCCCCAUUGAGCAAGGCCCUAAUGACAAAACAUGUGAGGGUAGAAGAGAUGUUUUGAGAAAGAGAGAUGUUGACUUGAGAUUUCAGACUGGCAACAAGAGCCUUGAAGUGCUUCCGGCAUUUGAUUUACCAGACGCAGAGGCGAGAGAGCAUCCCAAGGCGGUACCCAGUCAUAAAUCACCUAUUUUGGAUACAAAGCCCAAAGAAAUUGGUGGAAUCUCAGGAGAAAGCACACUGACUGAAAGCAGCCAGUCUGCUAAGCCUGUCUCUGGCCAAAAGAUACCAGAGUGUGUGGAAGGUUCCCCUGCAGUGGAAAAGGCCCAGCUCAGGACUGACGCCACAGGCGGCCCAGAGGAAGGCAGCACGUCCAGCCCAGCACUGCAGUGAGGGUGUGUGGAAGGGAUCCAGACUGCAGCCCAUGUGGCUAGAGGAACACAGACAUGGACCACAGCUCUGAGGUCAUCUUUGAGUUUUGUAAAGUAUACUCCUCACAGCUAUUUCUUCUUCUCUACAAAUAUUCUGUUAUUUACUACACAGGUGCCAACUUAAACAUCAGUAUUUUUACUCAUAAUCAGAAUUAACAAGCACACAUGUAUCUCUGUUUAAUUUCAUCUUUCUUUGAUAUUAAGAUGCAUCCUAUAAAGUUUUGAAGUGUUAAUUCUGGAACAGGAUCUCAUAGAUGACAUAUGGCAAGCAUUAAUGAUUUUGAAUAAUCAAAGAGGCCAGUCUGAAUUAGGGGACAUUGAAAAAGAAGUUCUGUUGUUUACAGGCACAUAUAGGAACCAACUCACCAAAGUGUGUGUUGCCUCGUCGAAGUCCUGUGAUACCUACUUUAGUUAACAGAAUUAUUUGUUGUGCACUGGACUCAGAAUAUUUCACGUGGUAGGUACUCAAAACCAACAUUUAAGGAAAGUCACUGUAGUCAUGCUUACCCUCUUCAUUCACUUCAGCAUUUUAGUGCAGCCACGGAGUCUGCAUCACCAGUGUCAGUCUGCCUCGUGUAGGCUGCCUGCAGAUCAGCCUUCAUCUCUCAACUCUUACCGCUAUUACUGGGCCUGCUUCCUUAUCACCCCCUUUACUUUAUCCUUAGCUAAGACAGAACUGAAGAGUGUCAGGGGAAUUUAGAUUACAUAGCUUGUUAAGUCAGUAAUCUCAGUUUUACAUCCUUUGAGAAUGGCUUUAUUUCCCCAGCAGAUGAAGUACACAGGCUUUAUAAGACCUGUUUUCCUUGCUACUCAGAAUCCCAGCAGUUGUGAUUGUUAGAUAUUACUAUAUCUUAUUUAUAUUACAGUAAACCAUAUUGUCCAAGCCAUAUGAAGUUCUAAUUUUUAGAGAUCUAUACAAAGAGAGGAAUAAAUACCACAAUAAGGAAAACAGAGUAGGAUGGUUUUUUUAACCCUAGACAGGUGAUAUAAUCAACAUUUCAAAUUAGUUAUUCUGAUUUUUAAACUAUUCAUUUUAAACUUUCUAAAAAAGGAAUUUAUAAAUUUUGCACAAGAUCUAACUAGGAAGCACAUGUAUUACACAUAUUCGGGUAUCCUUUAUCUUAACCUUCACACUACAAUUUA